UGUCAGUUUAUUUUCUUGGGAGCUGCAGCUCAUCGUUAGAGGAAGCGGCUUUAUUUCCAAGAGAGAGUCUGGCCCGUGUUAAAACUCUGUUAAUCGGCUCAAGGUAAUUUGCUACAGAGUCAAGAAAAGAGAGAAUUGGCUCGAAUCAACGCAGCUUUCCGUUUGAGCUAAGGCCGACAGAGGACAGGAUGAGGAGCAACUGGCGGUGAUGCAACGCAGCCUGCAGGAAAAAGAUCGAGCUGAGGGGCAAGGAAGCGAUGAAGGGAGAAGGCAAUAACAAACACGCUUAAGUCAUAUUAUUUGACUGCACAGUGUUCUGUAGAGCGCCUUCAAAACGGAUCGGACAGUGGAGCAUAGGGGUAAAGCAAGGGGCAUCAUGAAGGACAAAGACUUCAUGCCCAAUGUGGAAAGAGGUAAACCAGCAACAUAUACUGGUGACAAAAAAGCAAGAAUGGCAGCAAAGACCAACCAAAAAUGGGUGAGACUAGCAACAGUCUUUGCAUAUGUUCUCUCUGUAUCAAUGGCAGCUAUAAUUCUUGCUAUUUACUACAGCCUAAUAUGGAUGCCAGUGAGAUCUAGUGGAAGUAACAGCAGCAAUGCCAACCUGAGUCAGGAGGUGUCCGUUGUGUCUCACAACGAAACCAUGUUCACUCAGCCAGAGGUCUCAGAGUCUAUUGGCACUGGCUUGACAACAGGCACUAUGAAGGGGCCCAGCCGUGAAAAGAGAUCACAUGCGAUAAGAGUAAGAUCUAAGAGUGUUCAGCAACCACCGGAGGAUAUACUCAAGGAGGGAAUGCCUGGAUACUCAAGUUUUAAGGGAAUGGUGCAGUCAAUGGGAACACAGGAAGGCAUGGUUCAAGAGGAGGACCGAGACUCUGAUAAGGCUGGAGUGGCUGAAGAGGAUACGGACAAGGAUGUUUGGCCAGAGAAACAUCCAAUCAGUCUAGAGAAAAUAAGGCCACAAGGUCACCACCGGAGAUAACCAAAGAUUGGUUAUCUUUGAGGAGUUUGCUUUGCAGAUAAAGGAACUGUUGUAUACGUAUAUGCAUGACGAUGUUGGUGUCACUAUUACACACUGCCAACAAGGCCUGCAAAACAUCUGGCCAAUCACUCGAUAAAAGGAUUAAAGUUGUCUCUUUGGACCAAAAUGAGCUAAUGACUGAUCUGUCUUUUUCGUCUUGCAUUUCAAGUCUCCUCCUAUUCUCUGUUAACUUUGGCUGGCUCAGUGUUUAGAGAAAAGGUUUACACAUACAUUAAAGGUGUAAAAGGUUGGAGAACACAAUAUCUCCUUUGUACCCCAAAUCAUCCUGCUACAAAUGUCAACAUUCUUAAGUGAUGACACCCAUUCAAUUAUUCUUUGAUUGUUUUUGUAAAAUCAACAUCGCUCAGUUUGGUCUUAAGGUAACGUGCAACUUCGUGGUACCUUUCUGGUAGAGAUACGGCUUCAGACAGAAAGCAGAACUGUUUCUUAGUUUGCUGUGUGGACCUUAUGUUAGGAGUCUUAAAAACGAAUGUGCUAAGACAUCACAUGUAGAAUUAUGUAGGAAUUGUCCAUCAUUGCCUUAAAUAUUCUGUUCUAGUAAUAUCCGGACUGGACUAAUGACAGUGACAUGCUUAACCCAUUGAUUGUUUGAUGAAUAUGUACAAAGAUAUUUGCAAGAUUAGCAUUUAAAAGUAAAAGAUUUCUUGACUUUUUAAGCAAAUAACUGAUUUAUGAUUGUGAUAUGUCUAUACUAUACUAUUUUCGCAAAUAUACACUUUAAUCAAAAUAUUUAAACAGCACACAAAAUUGUUUAUUCUUUAAAAUAAUGUCACUGUUAUUAUGUCAGUUGAUGUCAGACCAUAUUCACAUAUUCAAAUAAUGAUAUUGAGAUUUUUUUUAAUUAACAUAUAUAUAUAUGUCACAAAACGUUUAUUUCACACAAACACUAUAGCACCACAUUUUUCUGAUACACGUACAUUUUGUGCAGGGAGUAGAGCUCAGGUAUGUAAACAAUUGUACACAUAUGUAUAUAGAAAGUGUACAGUGUAUAUAGUUUGCAUACAUGUAUAAGAAAUGCACAAUGCUUUUAAAUUAUAUAGGUAAUGUUACAAAGGAUCAGUCCUAUGAAGACAAAGUGACCUCAUGUAUGUGAUAUCUUUAAUGAGCUUAACGAUCUUGUGUAGAAUGAUUGGUAAUUAAUUUAAAUGGUUGAUCUUGCAUAUGAGAAAGGGAUCCGCUACAUGUAAACAUGCUUACUAGGUUGUAUUGUUGUAAUAACAGUGAUAAUUUGAUAAAACAAGGAGUGGAGCUAAUGGUAGCGGCGUGAUUUGUUCAUGACAUCAACAAUUCUAUAUGAAAGGUGAUUGGCUUGAUUUUUAUACAAUAAAAGAUAGACAAAA